CGUUGUUUGGAACGUGAAUUAUUUUGAACUGUGAAAUUUAGUAAAAGAUACAAAUGGGUCGAAAAUUCAUAAAGAAAAAGAAGGUUGAGCAGCUUGAAAUUGUGCCGCUGGAUGAAAACCCACCACUGCCACCACAAAGAGCUUCAGACGAGGCCAUUCCGAAAAGGGAGCAAUGGGUUAACAAACAGCGCGUUCUGGUGUUUGCAGCUCGUGGUAUCAGCCAUCGUGACAGGCAUUUAAUGCGAGAUAUAAAGACAUUAAUGCCUCACCAUCGUCCCGAGGCCAAAAUGGAGCGCUCAAAAACAUUGUCUGUGGUAAACGAAAUGUGCGAGAUGAAGCACUGUAAUAAGGCUAUGUUGUUUGAAGGACGCCGCAAGCGCGAUUUGUAUAUGUGGGUGGCCAACACGGUGGGAUCUACGGGACCCUCUGCCAAAUUUCUCAUCGAAAACAUUCACACAAUGGCCGAGUUGAAGUUGACUGGAAACUGCCUGCGAGGCUCACGCCCGCUGCUUUCUUUUGAUGCCAAAUUUGAGGAGCUGCCCCAUCUAAAAUUGCUGAAAGAAUUGUUUGUACAGACAUUUGCAGUGCCGAAUCAUCAUCCUAAGAGCCAGCCGUUCAUUGAUCAUGUGUACACAUUUACCUACUUGGAUAAUCGAAUCUGGUUUAGGAAUUUCCAGAUUCUGUCAGAAGAUGGUGGUCUCUCGGAGGUAGGACCACGCUUUGUAAUGAAUCCUGUUAAAAUAUUUGACGGCUCUUUCACGGGCAAUACCAUAUGGGAAAAUCCCGACUAUGUGAGUCCGUCCAAGCAGCGCCAGGUACUUAAAAAGGCUGCAAAGGAUAAAUAUGUUAACCGUGUUGAGCAAAAGGUGCAGCAAGAGGCAACUCGCCCAGUAAAGGCCUACGAAGGCCUUGACAAUGAAGAAUUGUUUGACGAUGAGGAUCCUAUAGAGACAGCCAAGCUACUAGCGAUGAAAGCCAAAAAGAAGCUAGAGGAAAAGAAAACGCCAAAGACGGCGUUGAGCAAGAAGAUCAAGGAGAAACAAAUGCAAGUCAUUAAAGACGUAAUUGAGCAAAAGAAAGCUAAAGCAAAACGUACGAAAAAAGUUUAAAUGUUAUAUUUCGCGUUACGUUAACGAAUAAAUACAUUU